CCCCCUUGAUACUUCCAUUUUCCCCGGUUCUCACAGGUAGAGCUCGUCCCUCCCCCCUCCUACCCCCCUCCUCUCUCUCCUUCUUCCCCUGCCCUUUCCCCACUUUCCCCUUUUCCCUGCCUGUCUUCGUUUCCCUCCGCCUGUCCCACCCCUCCCACCACCCCCUGCCAUGGCCUCGAGCGACCUCCCCUCGCCGGUGAACGCGACACCGGUGUCGGAGGGGAGCCCCUUCCGAGCGACCGGCACCGCCAGCAACCCGCUGACUUGGCAGAAGAGUGUGGCCGUGCUGCAGACGGCCCUGCAGCAGCUGACCGCCGGGGUUGGUCCGAUCGCCAAUUUCGUCGGCAACUCCCCCCUCCUGGGCGAGGUGCAAAGUGCCCUGUCCAGCGCGCAAGCACGCUUCGAGGAGGUUGCUCGCGCGGUGCCGCCAUCCUCCAACGACGCCACUCCAAAUGGCGACCUCUUCUGGCCGCCCUUCCGUGCGGCGCUCCGCUUGGCCAGCCCGGACCCGGCGGACACGCGCGAGGUCCAUCCCCAGCUGUCGGUGCUGGCCGACAUCGCACUGGACCAGAUUGAGAAGCUCCUGCUGUUCGGUCUGCUGCGUGGCCAACAGCGCGAUCCGGUGACCGGCCUGCGCAUGAUGGACGAGGUUGUGAGUGUCGUGUGUGGCCUGGCCCAUGGCGGUCGCGGCUCGGAGCAGGUCCACAUUCAGCUCCUGCGGCUGUUGCUGACCAUGACCACCAUGACGCAGAGCCCGCACUCGGCGGCCAGUGCCGGGGCUGGGAGCAGCGCUCCCGCCUCCGGCAUGGCCACGCCGGUCGGCGAUGGCGGCGAGCCCCUGCACACUGGCCUGCCCUUGAUGAGUGGCACAUCGCUGGUCCGGGCCUUGCACACGGUGGCCACCAUCUCCACGCUGCGCUCCAAGUCCACCAUCAUCCAGACCACCGGCCGUGCCAAUCUCAUGCGAAUUACCCAUGCGGCGGUCAGCCGCGCGGUCAAUGUCGAGGCCGCCGAGGUGGAUACCCCGUAUGCCGAGACCCUGCGCGCGGAUGUCUAUGGCAUACUCCGGCACUUGAGCCUCUUGAGUUUGCCUCGCGCCGAGGCGACCACCCUUCUGGCGGCGGCGGAUGAGGCCGCUGCGUCGCGCUCGACCGCGGCCACGCCAUCCAAGGAGGCUGCCUCCCCGGCGGUGGCCAGCUUCCGCGCGAUCGACCUCGGCCCUUCUGGCCUCACGGUUCCCUGGUCGGCUGACAGCCAUGAGUUGUACUGUCGGCCGCUGGCGCUGGAGAUGAUCCGGUCGGUGUUAAUUAGCGCUUCACCGGGAGCCGCCGCCAUGUCGGUGGCCAUGCUGUCCCAGAUGUCGCCCCCGGAUCUGUCCAGCACAUCGAUCCCGGUGCCCAGCUCGCAAACCUUCAGCACCAAGGCCGCGGAAUUCCUGUGGCUCAGUGAGGCCUGUGUCGGGCUCAUGCGGCGCGAUGUGUGCACGGCCAUCUCCUACGCCACACAGGGAUCGAUCACCAUCUACAAGCAUGCCUUGAUGAUCUUUGUCCGCGUGCUGGCCAUGUAUCAGGCCCCGCUGAAGCCCGAGAUCCGGCGUCUCUUCCGGGAUUUGUUUUUCCGCGUUCUGGAGGUUGUGCCCACCGGCUCGACCUCGAUGUCGGCACAUGCGAACCAGCUGCCAGCACAUCACCUCCGCGCGGCGCAGGCCAUCGCCAAUGGCCUCCCUCUGGCCUCCACUUCGCCGGAGGCCGUGCUUCUCAUGCAACGGUCCCUGGCCUUGCAAUCGCUCAACCUCAUCCUGGGCGAUGCGCAAACCCUGGUCGACCUGUAUCUGAACUAUGACUGCGACACGGCCGGCGAGGAUGUCCUUGAGCCCCUGCUGUCGGCCGUGGCCCGGGUGGCCAUCUACUGGCGACAUGGCGGCUCGUCGCUGGCCGUCGCUGGCCCGAGUGCUCCCGCCGCUGGCAACGCCACCGCCACGGCCGCCGUCGGGCCCGUCGGGGCCGCAGGCGGUGCCACUGGCGUCGGGGCCCCCCUGGAGGAGGUCCGCCGGCAUCCGGACCACAUUCUCCCGCCGGCCUUGCCGCCGGCCACGCAGCAUCCCGAUCGCGAUGUCAACCUCAACAUGGCCAUCCGGCUUCGAUCGCGUGCGCUGCACUGUCUGGCCAGUGUGGUGAAGGCCAUGGUGGCCUGGACAUCGUCGGCCUCUCAUGCCGGUGGUCCAGCCGAUCAGUCGAGCUCGGCCGCUGGCGGCACCUCGCCCGUUGACGAUGCCACCAAUGGAGCGGGCGUUGAUCUUAUGUCGACCGCGGACUCGGGCACCUCUUCGGCCUCGUCGGUGAUCGGCACCCCGGACCCGGCCAUGUCCUCGCCCUUGUUGGCGCCCCUGUCCUCCUCGCACAGCCUCAGUGGCCCGGGCGUCCGUGUUGGCGAUGACAACCCGGACCAGUUUGUCGAGCAGAAGUCCCGCAAGCUGCUUCUCCGCCAGGGCCUGGACCUCUUCAAUCAGAAGCCCUCGCGCGGCAUCAAGCAUCUGAUCGGGCACCAGUUCAUUUCCCCCAGUCCUGACGUGGUGGCUCGCUUCCUGCUGCAACACUGCCAAUCGCUGGACAAGGCUCAGUUGGGUGAUUUCCUCAGCGGCCCGGAGUCGUUCAACAACAAGGUGAUGCACGCUUUUGUCGACCUGCUGGACUUCAAGGGAAUGUCCUUUGUCGAGGCAUUGCGUCUUUUCCUACAGACCUUCCGUCUGCCUGGCGAGGCCCAGAAAAUCGACCGGCUGAUGGAGAAGUUCGCCGACCGCUAUUGCGAGUCGAACCAGCAGCCCGCGGCCCCGGGGUCCAGUCUGAUCUCCUCGGCCUCCUGGGCCGCGGUCUCGCCCAUGGCAACUAGCCCCGACCGGCGUGCCGGCGAGGAGGGCGCCACCCCUCCGAUUGGCUCGGCCGGGGCGCUGUCCCUCCUCUCCAAUGCCGACACUGCCUACACAUUGGCCUUUUCGACCAUCAUGCUGAACACGGAUUUGCACAGCGAUCAAAUUAAGCGCAAGAUGUCCAAGGAGUCCUUCAUCAAGAACAAUCGCGGAAUCAACAAGGGCUUCGACUUGCCUUCCAGUCUGUUGGAGUCCAUCUAUGAUGAAAUUCUGCACAAUGAAAUUGUCCUGGAGGAGGAGCGGGGCGACCGUGGCGGGCACUCGACACUGAGUGCACAGCUGUGGCGCAUGCUGCACCACGCCACCAGUGGCGGCGACAAUGGCGCCGAUGGCGAUGGAUUUGAAUCGCAUGAUGGGAUUUACCACCGGGCCACGCAUCGCGAGCACAUUUUGCCGAUGUUCAAGGCCUUCUGGCGGUCGAACUUCCUGCUGCCUUUCGGCCAGGCAGUGGCCGAGUGUGAUCCGAAUGACGUGAAUACCGCCGAGCUGUGCAUGGUGGGCUACGAGAGCGCCGUGCGCAUUGCCUGCUCCUUCGGGCUGGUCGAAGCACGAGACUCGUUGCUUCGGUCGCUGGCGCUGCACAUCCGCUCACUGAGUGCCACGAACCUGAUCAACUCACUCGGUGUGUCUGGCGGCGUGUUGGCCAGCCCGGCGGCCGCCCUGCCGGCCAAUCCCGCAUCCGGCACCGCGCUCGGCGGCGGGUCUUCCGGGCGGGACUCGCGUAGCUCCUUCGGCAGUGGGUCCAUGCUUUUGCCCACGUCGGACUUGGUGGUGGUCCAGUGCCUGCUUGAGCGCAUUGCCCCCCAGAACAGCCAAUCUCUCGGCAACUCCUGGAAGUUCAUCCUCGAAGCCGUGUCGCGCUUGGAAUACCUCGGGCUCUUUGGGACGGACAGUCGAACUUCGGCCGGUCGAGUGCCGGUCCAGCAGAAUCCCAGUGCCGGGAUCGAGGCCGGCGCCGAGGCCUCCGGGGCUGGUGGUCACCCCUCCUUCGACGCGGCCCAGUCGCUGACGGUGCUGGUAGAUCGCCUCUUCGAGCGGUCGGGCCUGCUCCCGGGCAAGGCGAUUGUGGACUUCUUCCGGGGGCUGUGUGCCGUGUCCAUUGCCGAGGUGAAUGGCGGCUGCUUCGACCUGAGCCAAACCCUGCCGGACUACUCGCAACUCUUCGCCGAGUCCAAGGCCGAGUCCCCGACGCACCAGCACACCACGGCGCCGGAUAGCUCGGCCGUGGAGGGCCUGCCAGGCCGGUCGCCGCGCCUGUUCUCGCUGCAGAAGGUGGUCGAGCUGGCCCACUACAACCUCAACCGCAUUCGCCUCGAGUGGACGCCCAUCCUGCAGCAAGUCCUCCAGCCCUACUUCAACCAUGUGGGCUGCCAUCGGAAUCCGGUGGUCGCCUCGUUUGCCAUUGACUCCCUCCGACAGCUGGCCAUGAAGUUCCUCGAGCGCCAGGAGAUGGGCCAGUUCCACACGCAAAGCGAAUUCCUCCGGCCCUUCGAGUAUAUUGUCAUCCAUGCGCCCCUGCGUCCGCUCCUGUCGAAUGGCUCACGCCGUGGAUCGGCCUCCGGUGGAUCGGCCACCCCCGGGGCCGGGGCCGGGGCCGGGGCCGGGGCCAAUCUUCGGCCCGCCGGUGGGGAUCUGCCCCUGGCCCAGGAUCUCGUCCUGCGGGCGCUCAACCACAUGGUCGAGGCCCGGGCCGGGCGCAUCAUGUCCGGCUGGAAGUCCAUCUUCGUGGUGCUCAUGCGUGUGGUCGAGGCUGCCCGGAGGCCGGAGCUCGGCAUUGGCGCCAGCAAUGCCGAUGACUCCGGCCAUGCGGAGGUCCAGCUGGAGCUGACCACUCGCACGCGCCGGGAGCUGGUGGCCGCGGGCUUCCAGCUGGCGCAGACCAUUUUCCAUGCUCUGGCCUCUGAGCGCUCGCUUUUCGGCGGGUCGGGCCCAGCGCCAGCCCCGAUGGCGGGGGGGCCCCCCUCGACCGACAAUGGCGACUCGUCGGUGAGCGGGGUCGAUUCCCCGAGCCAGGGCUCACUGCAUGGCAGGCCCACCAGCGCCAACCACUUCGCCGACUUCAUCGAUUGUCUGGCGGAGUUUGCCUUCCUGAGCGGGGUUUUCGGGGGGGACUUGCCGCCGGCUGUGGCGUCGGCUCCGGAUCAGCCCGGCGGCGCGACCUCGGGCCCGAUUGGCAUCACGCCGGAUCCCUUUGAGGCGGUGGCCCAAGGGGCGGUGCAGCUGAUCCAGAACUGUGGAAACAUGCAAAUCACCGCACACCUGGACUGGCUGUCGGCCACGGCGGCGGCCACGGCGGCGGCGGCAGGUGUCACCCCGACGGCGGUCGGUGGUGCUCACUCGCCGGCGGCCAGCAGCACUGGCAGCAGUGGCAGCCUGCUGCUGGUGAAUGCCCCCCCGGGCCCCGGGUCGAGCGGCGGCCCGGAAGAUUGCGAAGAUUUCUUUGUCCGGUGGUUCGCCGUGGUCCGGUGCCUGUCACGGGUGGCCAACGAUUGCGGGUCGAUGACCAUCCGGCAGAAGGCCAUCGAGUCUCUCUUCAACCUGCUGCAUGGCGCGGCCGGGACCGGGGUUCUGGAGUCGGCGGCCUAUGCGCGGACCGUCUUCCGGUCGGCCAUCCAGCCGCUCUUUGACGAUCUUUGCGAGCAAAGCGCCCUGGCCCCCGGGGGCGGGGUGGAUCCGCUGGCGCCUGGUGGCGUGGCCGGCCCCGACUCCGACUCGGCCAUCGGGGCCUGGCAUGCACGGCAUCAGGACAAGUGUCGCAUGCUGUGGGUGUUUGCCCUGCAGCAUCUGGUGGAUUUGGUGCCGGUUUACUAUGGAUCCUUUGCGCAUGAGCCCUUCCCCACGAUCCCCCUCAGCAGGCCCACCUACCAUUCGGAUGGCGAGGAGGAUGACGAUGAGGAGCAGGAGGAGCUGUCGGCCACCGAGGUGCCGCCGCUGCCGGCGGCGCUCUUGCCCUCCGAGCAUCCGCACAUGCUGGUGGACGAGUCGUCGGGCAUUCCGCUGGUUGCCAAGCUGCCCUCCAACAGCAUCCUCGGCGCGGUGCUCGAGCUGAUCCUGCAGUUCAUUGCCCAUCGAAGCACCUCGGUGGCCAAGGCCGGCGGCGUGACUGGGCUCUUCUCGCUGAUGUCCCUGUGCCAUGAUCAGUUUGAUGCCCGGGCAUGGCGUUUGGUGACCUUGACCCUGGCGCGGGCCUUUGCCGCCACGUCCACCGAGCGUGAGCUCUCCCGGGCACCGACCGUCCGGUCGAAUGCCCCCGGUGCCCUGGACAUUCUGUAUUGCUUUGUCAAGGCCACGGUGCAGCUGUACCUGGCCCGCAGCCUCCUGGACAUUUCCAAUCCCAGCAGUGCUCUGAGUGCGGUCACCUGCACGGCCCCCCGGGCGGACUUCUUCGGUUGGCUGCAGCUUCUGCGGUCAUCCCAUGAGAAUGCUCGUGCUUUCAAUGUGGACUCGCCACGGCGUCUGGCCUUUGUCCAGGCCGGCUACAUGGCCAAGACCCCGAGCUUGAGCCAGCAGGAGUCCGUGGCACUGGAGGCCUAUGUGCAGCUGUACUUCCGGUGGCUGCAGCUCCGUGGCACCGGCAUCGAUGGGGACCAGGGCGCCGGGGCGGUGCACGCUGCCCCCGGCGGGGAGGCCAUCCUCUCGCCCACCCUCGGUGCCAACCCGGUUGACCUUGUCCCGCCACUGAUGGAUCUCUGUAUUUCGCAAUUGCAAUACUUCUCUGCUAUUCUUCAACUUCCGUCCGGAGCCCCGAGCGGGGCCCCCGGGGCCACGACCGGCGGCCCGACUGUUGCCUCCCCGCGCGAUGUGGAAAUUCUGCAGCGUGCCCCGCUCGUGGCUGCCAUCAUCCAAGAAUUGAUUCAGCUUCACUGGGGCCAAAUCCCCCUGCGGUCCGGGGCCACGCCGAUGUCCGCGACCCUUACGACUCCCAUCGAGCCGGGCAGCAUCGCGGUCUACAUUCCCCGACUGGCACGGCUGCUGACCAUCCUCCAGGGGUGUGAUGUGCUGGCCGUCCGCCGAGCGGUGCAGAACUUCUUCCGCGCCCUGUGCGACGCCCUCUUUGGCCUGGGUGUCGGUGACAUGGGCAGCCUCGAUGACGAAUCGCCGGUGCUCGGCCCGGCACCGGCUGCCACCGGGGGCCUGUACCACCCCCACGGUGGGCAUGGCGGCGGCCACCACCCGCCGGCCGCCGAACAUCACCUUCACCAUCCUGGUCCCUCCGGAAGUUUGACCAUCGUCCGGCCGAGCAUCCCGUCGAGCGUGUCCCCGCCGGUGGCGGGUGGCAGCCGCACCGGCUGACCCAUGUGACUGUUUU